AUGCGAUUCAAGACGGAGCUCAAAAACAUUCUGCGUGCCUACCCAAACACACCCCCUGCUUUCCCACUUCACGACCGCUUCGCACCACUGACUCUUGUCAUCCUUCUGCCGGCAGAGCUUACUGCCGCUCUCAACUCACUCGAGAAGAUCGCAUGGGUUCGCCUCGACGAUGAAACAGCACGCUUCACCGUCAUCCCCGAUACGGGAUCUCAGGUCUGGUCCUCCCUGCCCAUGGACUUCAUCUUCGACAGCUAUCAUAUCCAGUCCGCCGAGGAGCACAACACCAUCAACCUAGAGCUACCCCUGCAACCCCUCCAGCGCGCCCUCCGCUCCGCACUCAACAGCACCUCGGCUUCGCUGCGUCUCACCAAGAAGGACGGGAUCCCUGUGCUCUCCAUGACAAUCACAACGACGACCCACGCCUCCGCAGGCGCAGGACUGCCCGGCCGCGGCAACGCCGCCUACGCUGGCCUCGAGAACGAUCCCUUCGACGAUGAUGACCAGGGCUUCGCCGCGGAGCAUCUAGAGACUUCUCUGCGCCGCGAGCGCGAGAAGAUCAUCACCCAGGACAUCCCUGUGCGCGUACUACACCCGGAGACGGUAGAGACCAUCAUGCAGCCCACGGUGCGCGAAACGGAUGUGCACAUCACGAUGCCACCCCUGCUCCAGCUCAAGGCCAUUUCUGACCGCUUCACCAAGCUCGCGCUGUCGUCCGGCGCAAACUCUCGCGUGAGCCCCAAGCUGGAGCUUAGUGCCAACAUGUUUGGAAACCUGAAGUUGCGCAUCGCCACGGAAGCCGUCGACGUCUCGAGCACGUGGUCGGGGCUGGUGAACCCAGAGCUGGACCCGACGCAGCUGGAGAUGCCGGUCGAGGAGCACCCGAGUGUGAAGUUCAAAGAGGCCGGACCGGACAAAUGGGCGACGGUGAGGGUUGACGGUAAAGACUGGAGUCGGGUGUUGAGCGUGGGGAGGUUAGAAGGGAGGGUCGUCGCGGCUUUUGCGGAUGACCAUGCCUUGAUACUAUAUGUCUAUGUGCCACAGUACGAUGACGCUUCGGCGGACGAUGCCGUUCUCACUUACUAUGUAACAUCGUUCAGCGCGUAA